AUGAAUGUGGCAGAAGUCGCUCUGCUGGGAACUGAUGCUUCUCUGUGCCAACAAAAGUUCAAGUCGAACCUGAAGAAUAAGUUCCAGUGUGUGUUUGAGGGGAUCGCUAAAUCAGGAAGUGCAACCCUCCUGAACGAGAUCUUCACAGAGCUCUACAUCACCGAGGGAGGGACUGGAGAGGUCAACGAGGAACACGAGGUCAGACAGAUCGAAACAACAUCCAGGAAACCACACAGACCAGAAACUACCAUCAGACAGGAAGACGUCUUUACUGGCUCACCAGGAAGAGAUGGACCAAUCAGAACAGUGAUGACGAAGGGUGUGGCUGGCAUUGGGAAAACAGUCUUAACCCAGAAGUUCACUCUGGACUGGGCUGAAGGCAAAGCCAACCAGGACAUCCAGUUCACAUUUCCAUUUACUUUCAGAGAGCUGAAUCUGCUGAAAGAGAAAAAGUUCAGCUUGGUGGAGCUCGUUCAUUACUUCUUUACUGAAACCAAAGAAGCAGGACUCUGCAGGUUUGAGGACUUCCAGGCGGUCUUUAUCUUUGAUGGUCUGGAUGAGUGUCGACUAUCUCUGGACUUCCACAACAUUGAGAUCCUGACGGAUGUCAGAGAGUCCACCUCAGUGGGUGUGCUGCUGACUAACCUCAUCAGGGGGAACCUGCUUCCAUCUGCUCGCCUCUGGAUAACCACACGACCUGCAGCAGCCAAUCAGAUCCCUCCUAAGUAUGUUGACAUGGUGACAGAGGUCAGAGGGUUCACUGACCCUCAGAAGGAGUACUACUUCAGGAAGAGGUUCAAGGAUGAGGAGCAGGCCAGCAGGAUCAUCUCCCUCAUCAAGACCUCCAGAAGCCUCCACAUCAUGUGCCACAUCCCGGUCUUCUGCUGGAUCACUGCUACAGUUCUGGAGGAUCUGCUGAAGACCAGAGAGGGAGAAGCACUGCCCAAGACCCUGACUGAGAUGUACAUCCACUUCCUGGUGGUUCAGACCAAAGUGAAGAACAUCAAGUAUGAUGGAGGAGCUGAGACUGAUCCACACUGGAGUCCAGAGAGCAGGAAGAUGAUCGAGUCUCUGGGUAAGCUGGCUUUUGAGCAGCUGCAGAAAGGAAACCUGAUCUUCUAUGAACCAGACCUGAUGGAGUGUGGCAUCGAUAUCAGAGCAGCCUCAGUGUACUCAGGAGUGUUCACACAGGUCUUCAGAGAGGAGAGAGGACUGUACCAGGACACGGUGUUCUGCUUCAUCCAUCUGAGCGUUCAGGAGUUUCUGGCCGCUCUUCAUGUCCAUCAGACCUUCACCAACUCUGGAGUCAAUCUGAUGGCAGAAGAACCAUCAACAUCCAAAAAAUACACAAAGGCAAAGUUCUACCAGAGUGCUGUGAACCAGGCCUUACUGAGCCCAAAUGGACACCUGGACCUGUUCCUCCGCUUCCUCAUGGGUCUUUCACUGCAGACCAAUCAAAGUCUUUUACGAGGCCACCUGACCCAGACAGGAAAUUUCUUAAAGACCAAUCAGAAGACUGUUGAGUACAUCAAGAAGAAGAUCAAUAAGAAUGUGUCUGCAGAGAAGAGCAUCAACCUGUUCCACUGUCUGAAUGAACUGAAUGAUCGUUCUCUAGUGGAGGAGAUCCAACAGUCCCUGGGAUCAGGAAGUCUCUCUAUCGCUGAGUUGUCUCCUGCUCAGUGGUCAGCUCUGGUCUUCAUUUUAUUCUCAUCAGACAAAGAUCUGGACCUGUUUGACCUGAGGAAGUACUCAGCCUCAGAGGAGGCUCUCCUGAGGCUGCUGCCAGUGGUCAAAGCCUCCAACAAAGCUCUGUUGAGUGGCUGUCACCUCUCAGAGAGUAGCUGUGAAGCUCUGUCUUCAGUCCUCAGCUCUCAGACCUCCACCCUAAUAGAGCUGGACCUGAGCAACAAUGACCUGCAGGAUUCAGGAGUGAAGCUGCUUUGUGAUGGACUGGAGAGUCAGCACUGUAAUCUGGAAACUCUCAGGUUGACUUGCUGUAAUCUGUUGGAGAAAAGCUGUAAGGCUCUGUCAUCAGUCCUCAAGUCCCAGACCUCCACUUUGAGACAUCUGGACCUAAGCAACAACGAUCUGCAGGACUCAGGAGUGAAGCUGCUUUCAGCUGGACUGGGUAAUCAAUGCUGGAAACUGGAGACUGUCAGUCUUUCAGGCUGUUUGGUCACAGAGGAAGGUUGUAUGUUUCUGGCCUCUGCACUGAGCUCUUCCUGUCUGGUGGAGCUGGACCUGAGCUACAACCAUCCUGGAGAACGCGGAGAGGAGCUGCUGUCUGCUCGGCUAAAGGAUCCACACUGCAGACUGAACAUACUGAGGUUGGACCAUGGUGGUCCGGACAAACUAAAACCUGGUCUGAGGAAGUACGCCUGUAAGCUGGAGGUGGACACCAACACAAUGAACAGAAAACUGCGACUGUCUGAAAAGAACAGGAGGGUGACGUGGGUGAAAAAGGAGCAGCCGUAUCCUGAUCAUCCAGACAGGUUCAAGGUCUGUCCUCAGCUGCUGUGUCAGACUGGUUUGACUGGUCGCUGUUACUGGGAGGUGCUGUGGAGAGGAAUGGUUGACAUAUCAGUGAGUUACAGACGACUCAAACAGAGAGGAGACAGGGAUGAGCAUCCGUUUGGAUGGAAGGAUUGUUCCUGGAGUCUAUACUGCUCUGAGGGGGGUUAUCACGUCCAUCAUGGUGGAAAAUUCACACAAACAUCCCAUUCCUCGUCUGCCUCCUCUGGAUCCGGUAGGGUAGCGGUGUACGUGGACUAUCCUGCUGGCUCUCUGUCCUUCUACAGAGUCUCCUCAGGCACACUGAUUCACCUCCACACCUUCACCACCACGUUCACUGAACCACUCUACGCUGGGUUUGGAUUCGGGUUUGGGGCUGGUGUGCCGGUAUCAACGGUGUGUUUGUGUUCUGUGUAGUCCAGGAAAGUCCAGUUGCUCUCUCAUGGACGCCUGGAUCAGACCUGAUUCAAGUUGAUGGGUCAAAGCUGAAAAUAAAAUGAGUGACGGCGAGAGGAUUUUCACAUUUUUUACCUUACCAAUAAAGAGG